CUUAACUGACUUUUUUUUAAAAUGUUUUUAUUUGAAGCAUCUAGGGUUCAAUUAUUCCUAAAUAGAAGAAAAAAGUUACUUAAUAAAUGCUUGGUGGUCCUUAUGGUCAAAAUUAGGUAGGGUAGUCACGGUUUUUACCACUCAUUUUCUUUCUAUAAGCUAGAAAACAAAGUAAUACGUAAGUUCUUUUAUAUGGUGCUGUUUAUGACUAAAUUGACUGCUUUUUCAAAUCAAAUAACCUAGAUUCCCAUAAUUUAUUUUUCUGAUAGAGCUUAUAUAAUUGUAUAAUUAAUAUUAAAUAGAACUUUCACGUCAAGUAGGGACCUUGAAUUUCCAAUCUUGAUGUUCUUCUUCCCUUCAAGACAAUGUUGUUUUAACGUUUUCCCCUUGGAUGCACCACCAUUCAGAAUCACAAGUUGGUAGUGUGAGAUUUGUUUUUGGUUUUCCUUGCAAUGAUAGAUAGAUAUUUAGUGAAAUAUGAUUACUAUAUUUUAAUUUUUGAGUCAGCAAGAAGAACAAUUAUCUAGUGUUGGUUUGAUAUGAUUUAUUUUUAUUGGUUUAUUUUACUCAAACUAUAAUUUGAAUAAAAAUACAAUUGUAUCAAAAAGAGAAAGAAAGAUAGCGAUUUUAAAAGUUGUACAUUCUAGAGUUUUGAUUCCCACACAUCAACUAUUUCAUAUCUGUUUUUUUACACAACUUUUAUGUGUUAAAAUGUGAACAUUUUAAAUGUGGACAUUCCUACAUCAAUUGCAGAUAUGAAAUAGUGGAUGUAAACUAUUGUGAAAAUAUUUUUCUUUUACUUCAGAGUUAAAUUAAACCACCAACUAUAGCACUUGCUAAUUUCUAAAAAGCAUUCUGUAACUUUUUCUACAUCAAUUGUGUAGAUUAGGAACAAUAAGAGCUUUGAUACAUCUUUAAGAAAGCCAAGGUUAGCAUAUCCAUUGAGCUAUUAAACUAGUUUUUCCUGUUUGUUGAAUGAAUAAACUAGGCUUUUUAAUAAUAAGGUCAAAACAAAAGUUAUAAGAAUCCUAUGGUAGGUAUUGCAAACUUUAGAAAUCACAUAUAACUUCCAUUUCUCAACAAACAGCACCACCUACUGUUCCCACCAUUUGACAUGUCAAAGGAGAUGGAGAUUAAUCUUUCAAAGAUCACACUUCGUCCAUACAAAAUUUCAGAUGUUGAUGACUUCUUAAUGUAUGGUGGCAAUGAAAAAGUGACGCGCUUCACAAGGUGGAACACGUUCACCUCCAAGCAAGAAGUAGUUUCUUACAUCAAUGACUAUUGCAUUCCACACCCUUAUUGCAGAUCCAUAUGCAUAGACAACCGUUCAAUUGGUUUUGUUAUCAUAAUGCCACGUUCCAGUGAUGACCGGUGUAGGGCAGAUGUUGGAUAUGCCCUAGCUGCUGAGUACUGGGGGCAUGGUAUAACAACUAGAGCAGUGAAGAUGGCUAUUAGUGAAGGGCUAAAAGAGUUCCCAGAUGUGGUCAGGUUUCAAGGUUUGGUUGAGUUAGAGAACAAGGCUUCUCAGAGGGUCUUAGACAAAGCUGGCUUCCUCAAGGAAUGUGUGUUGAGGAAGUAUAGCUUUAAUAAAGGUGAGACUAGGGAUAUGGUCAUGUACAGUCUUUUAUCUACUGAUUUUAUGCCUUGA